AUUGUACAUACACACAAGCCACACUUUAUGGCUUUACAUUGUCAAGAGUUUGGUGGAAAAAACUAUGAAGCUUCCAUGUCUCAUGUGGACAAGUUUGUUAAAGAAUUGUUAUCAAGUGAUGCAAUGAAAGACUAUAACAGAGCCCGGGUUUACCUGGAUGAGAACUACAAGUCACAGGAACAUUUUACGGCUCUAGGAAGCUUUUACUUCCUUCAUGAAUCCUUGAAAAACAUCUACCAGUUUGAUUUUAAAGCCAAGAAGUAUAAAAAGGUUACUGGCAAAGAAAUCUACUCAGAUACAUUAGAAAGCACACCCAUGCUGGAAAAAGAGAAGUUUCCACAGGAUUAUUUCCCUGAGUGUAAAUGGUCCAGAAAAGGCUUCAUUCGCACAAGAUGGUGUAUUACUGAUUGUGCCUUUGACUUGGUAAACAUUCAUCUUUUCCAUGAUGCUUCCAAUUUAAUUGCUUGGGAAACAAGCCCAUCGGUUUACUCAGGAAUACGACAUAAGGCUCUUGGUUAUGUACUUGAUAGAAUUAGAGAUCAGCGGUUUGAGAAGGUUUCAUAUUUUGUGUUUGGAGAUUUCAACUUUCGACUGGAUUCCAAAUCAGUAGUAGAGACACUUUGUACAAAGGCUACAAUGCAGACUAUCCGAGCAGCUGACACCAAUGAAGUAGUCAAGCUAAUAUUCCGUGAAUCUGAUAAUGACCGAAAGGUUAUGUUACAGUUAGAAAAGAAGCUCUUUGACUAUUUUAAUCAAGAUGUUUUUAGAGACAACAAUGGCACUGCGCUUUUAGAAUUUGACAAAGAGCUGUCUGUCUUUAAAGAUAAAUUGUAUGAACUGGACAUCUCAUUUCCACCCAGUUAUCCAUACAGUGAAGAUUGUAGCCAGGGAAAGCAGUACAUGAAUACUAGAUGUCCAGCUUGGUGUGAUAGAAUUCUGAUGUCGCAUUCAGCCAAGGAACUGAUUCUAAAAUCAGAAAAUGAUGAGAAGAUAGUGAUUUAUGACCAUAUUGGGCCAAAUGUCUGCAUGGGGGAUCACAAGCCUGUGUUCCUGUCCUUUCGAAUAGCUGCUGGGGCAGGUAAACCUAUUGCAAAUGUGCACAAGUGUUGUGUCGUGCAGUGA